GGAUCUCGUUAAAAUCUCCCACUACCAACCAUGGUAAGGCAUUAGUAUUUGCAGUUUUCAGGAAACGCAUCGCCUGCCAUGUUUGGUCCUUCUGAUCCCAGCUUGGUUCCCCAUAGAUUCACCUCCUUCCCCCACCACUACAUCAAUGUAUAAAUGUUUGAGCACCACCUCCUUUUUCCAUAACAUCAGUAAACCUCCGCUACGGCCAUCGCUCUCGUGGAUGAGAAACUUAUCACAGCCUACCCUUCGCUUCAAACUCUCUGCCUUAUCUUUUUUGCAAACACCAUUAGAUCCAAUCAUCAUGGACGGUCAUCCCAAUUGAAGCAGAUCGCUGACCGUCCUCCCUCCCUCCCUGCACUGCAAUUCCCGUUCCCGUGCAGGACACCAAAAUAAAACUCUCUUACUACAGUACAACUGAACUGACAGAGAUCAUCAGAUCACAAACAACUUGUUCAAUUCAUUCAUGAGAGCAGCGAAGCGGCAUGUUUCCUUGGACUCGCCACCGCCACCUCCUCCAAUCGCAUUCUCCUCUCCACCUGCUGCAUUACUGCACCUCCUCUACCUCCAUCUCCAGGGAUGCCUUCGCCAUCGCCCGCGCGCUCUCCAUGGCCUCCUCCUCCUCUUCACACCUCCACGCGCACGCCCUUAAGCUGGGCACGCUCGCUCACACCUUCAACAUGAAUUACCUCCCCAUCUACUACGCUAGGCGGGGCCUUCUCGACUCAGCACUCAAGGUGUUCGACGAAAUGCCGCACAGGAACCUCGUCUCCUGGACAGCCAUGGUCUCUGCCUCCACGCGCAAUGGCGCGCCUCACCUGGGGUUUCGUUUCUUCGUUUCCAUGAUCAGGAGCGGCUUCUGCCCCAACGAGUUCUCGCUCGCAACCAUGCUCACUGCCUGCCACUCCAUGGUGGCCCAUUCCUCCAAUAAGCUCCUCAUCGCCCUUUCGCUCCACGGUGUUGCCGUCAGAGCUGGCCUGGAUAGCAAUCCUUUUGUGGGGAGCUCUCUGCUGCUCAUGUACGCAAAGCAUGGCCGCAUUGCUGCUGCACAGCGUGCAUUCGCACAUAUCAGGAACAAAGAUUUGACGUGCUGGAAUGCCAUGCUUGAAGGCUAUGUUUCGAAUGGUUUCGGGCAUCAUGCCAUAAGUACAGUGCUCGUGAUGCAUCAUUCUGGGCUUGCACCUGACCGGUACACCUAUAUUUCUGCUGUUAAGGCUUGUUCAAUCAGUGCGCAGUGGGGUCUUGGGCGACAGCUUCACUGUCUUGUCAUCCACAGCAUGCUCGAGUCCAAUACCUCGGUCAUGAAUUCCCUUGUUGAUAUGUAUUUCAGAGCCAGACAGAAGGAAACUGCUGCUUCUGUCUUUCGCAAGAUUAGACAAAAAGACACCGUGUCUUGGAAUACCAUGUUUUCAGGUUUUGCGCAUGAUGAAGACGACAAGGCAGUUUUUGGCUACUUGAUCGACAUGUCACGAACCGGAUUUAAACCUAAUGAGGUUACUUUUUCUGUCUUGUUGAGGCUGAGUGGUGCUAAAGAGAAUGCCUCAUUGGGCCUUCAGAUCUUUGCCCUUGCCUAUCGUCAUGGCUAUACUGACAAUGUUCUUGUAGCAAACGCUGUAAUCAACAUGCUGUUCAGAUGUGGAUUGCUCGACCGUGCAUAUGGUUUCUUCUGUAGCCUCACUUUCAGAAACAUUGUGACAUGGAACGAGAUAAUUGCAGGUUAUGGUCUCUUCAGUCACUCUGAAGAUGCAAUGAGGCUCUUCCGCAGUUUGGUUUGCAUUGGAGAAAGACCUGAUGAGUUCACCUAUUCAGCUGUUCUGUCUGCCUUCCAGGAAGCUCAUGGCGCAAGGGAUCAUGAGCAAAUCCACGCAAUUAUUCUGAAACAAGGUUUUGCCUCCUGUCAGUUCGUGUCCACUUCACUGAUCAAGGCAAAUGCAGCAGCGUUUGGGUCAGUUCAGAGUUCACUGAAAAUCAUCGAGGACUCUGGCAAGAUGGAGCUGGUGUCAUGGGGAGCCAUUAUCUCUGCAUUCCUGAAGCAUGGCCUGAACGAUGAGGUCAUUUUCCUUUUCAACUUGUUUAGAGGUGACUCCACCAACAAGCCUGAUGAGUUCAUCCUGGCAACCGUCCUAAAUGCCUGUGCAAAUGCUGCGUUGAUCAGGCACUGCAGAUGCAUCCAUUCGCUUGUUCUCAAGACAGGUCAUUCCAAUCACUUCUGCGUAGCCAGCGCUGUUGUUGAUGCCUACGCGAAGUGCGGUGAGAUUACCUCUGCAGAGAGCGCUUUCACCGCUGUUUCAUCAGCAACCAACGAUGCCAUCAUGUACAACACCAUGCUGACAGCUUAUGCCAACCAUGGUUUGAUCCACGAAGCUCUCAACCUCUACGAAGAGAUGACAAAGGCUAAACUGAAUCCAACACCAGCCACAUUCGUUGCCAUUCUGUCGGCCUGCAGCCAUUUGGGGCUAGUCGAGCAGGGGAAGCUUGCGUUCAGCACCAUGCUGUCUGCAUAUGGCAUGCAUCCAGCAAGAGCCAACUACGCCUGCCUGGUUGAUCUCCUGGCAAGAAAGGGGCUACUCGAUGAGGCGAAGGGUGUGAUCGAUGCAAUGCCGUUCCAACCAUGGCCUGCAGUUUGGAGGUCGCUGGUGAACGGUUGCCGGAUACAUGGGAACAAGCAACUUGGCGUGCUUGCGGCAGAGCAGAUCCUGAGAAUGGCGCCGAGCAGCGAUGGCGCUUAUGUUUCGCUGUCAAACGUCUAUGCUGACGAUGGGGAAUGGCAGUCUGCAGAGGAGACCAGGAGGAGGAUGGUUCAGAAUAAUCUCCAGAAGGUGCACGGGUACAGCAGGGUUGAGAUGUAGCAGGAAUAUUCUAUAUAGAAUAGAUUGGCUAACAGCAACUACUGACUACUGAAAAUUCAUAACCACGUUAAGUGUUGGAGGAAGCACAGACUGAACAUUAAUACUUCUUUCUUGCACAAUGUUUGGAAGAAAGCAAGUAAUCCUGGAAACACUGUAGUAUGGGUAUUUGGUGGGUAAUGCUAGUAUAACCCAGAAAGGAGGUUCAUGUAUUUUUAGCAACAACUGGAGACCCCCUUAACAAGAAGAUGUUGAUUUAGUUCGAGCGAAAACACGGAUCAGAAACCUCAAAUUCAUUUUCCUCUUCUUCUGCGGUUUGUGCAUCGUCGUCGCAAGCAAGAAGCAUCGUCUACAAUGAAUACAAGAACAGCAGCAAGGAAGGAAGAAGGGGAGAAACUGGAGAGCGAAGAAGUGUUACCAGAAAGGAGAUAAGUAAAGGCUUGGACGGGCGGCGCAGCCGGUCGAUGGCGUGGGCCUCGGGCAGGCAGCAGCUGCAGUGGGGCGACGCGGUCUCUGGCGCGGCACGGCAUCAAGAAAGAGGAAGCAGGUUAUGGGUACUUUUGGCUAUGUCGCGCUUGAGUAUGCUAACAGUGGACUUUUGAAUGAAAAGAGUGAUGUCUACAGUUUUGGGUGGUUCUGCUGGAAGCUAUUACAGGUAGAGAUCCCAUUGACUAUGAUCGCCCUCCAGAUGAGGUAAACCUAGUUGACUGGCUUAAAAUGAUGGUUGCCAACAGACGAUCUGAAGAAGUUGUUGAUCCAAACCUGGAGAGAAGACCAUCGACAAAGGAGCUCAAACGUGCCCUUUUGACAGCUCUGAGGUGCAUCGAUUUGAAUGCUGAGAAGAGACCAAGGAUGGACCAGGUGGUCCGGAUGUUGGACUCUAAUGAACCCAUUCCUCAAGAGGAAAGAAGACAACGACAGAACCACAUCUCUAAUAAUUUAGAAACCGAGCCAUUAAGAGGCAAGAGUAGCAGCGGCAAGAGUGAUGCCCCUGAAAAUGAGAUGAGGCCACCUCGGUAUAAGAAUCGAUCAUUUCCCCCCAAGUGAAAAGUGAAAAGCAUACUAGAGUAUAAGUUAUGGAGUUACCUGCGAAGCUCUCAAUACAUAAUGAAUUAAUCAAUUGUUUUCUCUUUUCUUAUUUCUCUUGACUUGACAAUUUUUUGUGUUCCCUGGGAGGCUGGGGAGUGGCCAACUGGCCAUUGCUGUUACACAUAUUUGUAUUUCUUGAAACAUGUACAGUGCUGGUGUGUGAUACAUGUACAGUAGCUUGUGUGUGAUAGAUAGUUGAAGGACGCACAUGAGAGCAUAAAAGCUAUUUAGAAGCUAGUGGCUGGAGUGAGGAAGUGCAUGAAGAAACAAAUGAAAUAGCUUUUCAUAUUUUCUGUAUACUCUAAGAGUACAAAGAGGCAAAUGAAAGAAAAAUUGACUUUCA